AUGGUAAACGUUCCCAAAACCCGCCGAACUUUCUGCAAGAAAUGUGGCAAACACCAGCCCCACAAAGUGAAGUACAAAAAGGGCAAGGAUUCCCUGUAAGCCCAGGGAAUGCAACAUUAUGACAGAAAACAGAGUGGCUACGGUGGGCAGACGAGGCCUAUUUUCUGCAAAAAAGCUAAAACUACAAAGAAGAUUGUGUUGAGGCUUGAGUGUGUGGAGCCCAACUACAGAUCUCAGAGAAUGCUGGCUAUUAAGAAGUGCAAGCAUUUUGAACUGGGAGGAGACAAGAAGAGAAUGGGCCAAGUGAUCCAGUUCUAA